AUGGACGGGCUGGACCCGGCGGCGUGGGGCAUGGCGUUCUACGGGAACGCGCUGCUGUCGCAGCUGGUGUUCGCGCGGCUGUCGCUCCGCUGGCCGCAGCUGCUGCGCCGCUGGACGCUGCUGGAGCGCGACGCGCUGCCGCCCCCGCUGGCCAGGAGGGUCGCCCUCACCGCCGCCGCCAUCCUCUUCGGCGCCCUCUACGAGCACGCGCUGAGCGUGUCUGUGGCGCUGCGCGCUCUGCCGUCGGCCCACAACCCUCUGGAGGCCUACGUGCGCCGCACGCACCCCUUCCUCUUCUCGGCGACGCUGCUGCCCGCCUACCGGCCGUGGCUCGCGCCGCUCGUGCUGCCCUUCGCCGUCGCCGCCACCUGCGUCUGGAACUUCGGAGACCUCUUCCUCAUCCUGGUCGCCUCCGGCCUCGCCGCGCUGCUGCAGGGCGCCAACGCGCGCAUCUCGGCCGCUGCUGCCGCGCAGCCCGCACGAAAGGGUCCACUGGACAAUGCUGCAUGGUGGCGUCUUCGUGAACUCUUCGCCAACGUCGCUGCCUUCAUCAAGGAUGUCGACGACGCUAUUUCACCGCUUAUGCUGCUGUCUUUUGCCAACAAUCUGUACUUCAUCUGUCUACAGCUACUGAAGGGCAUUUCGCCCAACGGCUGCAGUUCCAGAUUUCAUCUGACAACAUUGUUCUCACAGGCAUGAAAUUCUUCUCCAUCACAA